CAGUGAUGCGUAUGAGUCUGACGGGUGAUAGUUGAAGUGUGUGACUGUGUGUUUACAGUUUCAUUGAUUCAUAAACUUCAUCAUGACUGAAUCUUUACUUCGCUGGACUGUGGAUAAGUUAAAGAAUAGUUUUGGUUUGGAGGCAAGCGAUGACAUUGUGCAGUACAUUAUCAAUAUUGAGAAUGCAGAUGAGAUUGUGGAGUAUGUUGAAGAUCUCUUACAAGGAACAGAAGGAAAGAAGCAAGAAUUUAUAGAUGAACUGGUUCAGCGAUGGCAGAGAUGUCGGACACCAGCACCUGAUGCUCCUGGUCUCAUCUUUAAGAAGGAGGCGAUGAUGGGUGUCGUGUCCAAACCUUCUGAAGACACUCAAAAGAAAUCAAAGCGAAAGGGAAGAAACAAGCAGGAGAUCACAGGUGUCUCUCAACCAGAACCAGAGGUGGUGAAAACCCCCAUCGAUCUGAUGAAGGCGCAGGAGAACAGCGGCUCAUCUUCAGUGAAAAAGAAGAACAAGUUUGUGAAUCUGUACGCCAAGGAGGGUCGAGAUAAACUGGCCAUUCUGCUGCCUGGCCGUCAGUCGUGUGAAUGUCUGGCUCAGAAACACAAACUCAUCAACAACUGUCUGAGCUGUGGACGAAUCGUGUGCGAGCAAGAAGGGUCCGGUCCCUGCUUAUUUUGCGGUAGUCUGGUCUGUACUAAUGAAGAACAAGAAAUAUUGCAGCGAGACUCCAACAAAAGUCAAAAGCUUCGUAAAAAACUCCUGGGAGCUUCAGAAGGGUCUGAGCGGGACUAUCUGCCCCACCAAGAGGCCAAAAUGAAGGCAGGUCUGGAGAAAGCCAUACAGCAUAAAGAAAAACUUUUGGAGUUUGACAAGAACAGUGUGAAGAGAACACAAGUUUUGGAUGACGAGUCAGAUUACUUCGCGACGGACUCUAACCAAUGGCUGUCACCGUGCGAGAGAGAUGCGUUACGCAAACGUGAGGAGGAGCUACGGGAGCUUCGUCACGCCUCCCGCAAAGAUCGCAAAAUCACUCUAGACUUCGCUGGCAGACGAGUGCUGGACGAGGGCGAAAAUUUGAGUCCGUACCUCCAGAAGUUGGAUGAGACGGUCAAGUCCAUCACUGCUGGUACUUUUGGAAAGACACCCAAGAAUUCAGUUUCCUCUGAUCGACAGCAUCUCAGAGAGCUCGUGAACCCCAACAUUGUUCAAGCCGCUCCACAGUGGGUUGAUGUGGGUGGUAGCAGCUCUUCGAGGAAGACUUCAUCGAAAACUGUGAGCAGUGCCGAGAAAAGUGAGCGCAGUCGACUGAGACUGCAGGACAGGGAACUCCAGGAGAUCUCAGAUGGUGGCUGGUGUCUCAGCAUGCAUCAGCCAUGGGCUUCACUCCUCGUCAAAGGCAUCAAAAGGGUGGAAGGCAGAACGUGGUAUACAUCCCAUAGAGGGCGGUUGUGGAUUGCCGCUGCUGCUAACAAACCCACACCUCAAGAGAUAGCGCAGGUAGAGGACAUGCACCGCCGCAUGUACAAAAAAGAGCCUCAGUUUCCUUUGGAGUAUCCUACAGGGUGCUUGUUGGGCUGUGUGAACGUCACAGAUUGUCUCUCUCAGGAACAGUUCAGAGAGCAGUAUCCCCAGAUCUGCGAGGACUCGACUUCUCCAUUUGUCUUCAUUUGCUCCAGCCCCCAGGAGUUGGUGGUGAAAUUUCCCAUGAAAGGAAAACAUAAGAUUUGGAAACUGGAGAGCCAGAGCCACCAAAGUGCCAAGAAGUGUUUAAUGCAGCCAGCGUGACCCGAAACAAAGCCAUGCCGGUCAAGAGGAAAAGAGAAUCCCAGAGGAAGCCUCGCGGCGGAUGCAACACGCUACGUACAAGACAUACGAAUUAAAUGCACAAUCAUUCCUUAAUUGAAUGUUGCUUUUUCUGCAAUAAAAGGUUGUAAGACUGCA